AUGCGCGCGCUCUGGCUGUGCGGCUGCCUCUGCGUCGCGCUGCUCCUGCCCAACGCCCGGGCCACCUCCAGGAGGGAAGUCUGUGACUGCAGUGGGAAGUCCAGCCAAUGCGUCUUUGAUCAAGAGCUUCACAGACAGACAGGCAACGGGUUCCGCUGCCUCAACUGCAUUGACAACACCGAUGGCGUUCACUGCGAGAGGUGCAAGGAGGGGUUCUACCGACAGAGAGAGAGGGAUCGCUGCUUACCCUGCAACUGUAACCCCAGAGGUGCUCUCAGCGCUCGAUGUGACAACUCUGGACGGUGCAGCUGUAAACCAGGUGUGACAGGAGACAGGUGUGACCGGUGUCUGCCAGGCUUCCACACACUCACCGAUGCUGGGUGCACCCAGGACCAGAGGCCACUAGACUCCAAGUGUGACUGCGAGCCAGCUGGCAUCUCGGGGCCCUGUGACGAAGGCCGCUGCGUCUGCAAGCCAGCUGUCACCGGAGAGCGCUGUGAUAGGUGUCGACCAGGUUACUAUCACCUGGAUGGGGGAAACCCCGAGGGCUGCACCCAGUGUUUUUGCUAUGGGCAUUCAGCCAACUGCCACAGCUCUGGAGACUACAGUGUCCAUAAAAUCAUCUCUACUUUCCAUCAAGAUGUUGACGGCUGGAAGGCUGUCCAAAGAUAUGGGGCUCCUGCAAAGCUGCAGUGGUCACAACGCCAUCGAGAUGUGUUUAGCUCUGCACGACGAUCAGACCCUGUCUACUUUGUAGCUCCUGCCAAAUUUCUUGGGAAUCAACAGGUGAGCUAUGGGCAAACCCUGUCCUUUGACUACCGUGUGGACAGGGGAGGCAGACACCCAUCUGCUCACGAUGUGAUCCUGGAAGGUGCUGGUCUGCGGGUCACAGCUCCCUUGAUGCCACGUGGCAAGACACUGCCAUGUGGGAUCACCAAGACUUACACGUUCAGGUUAAACGAACGCCCAAGCAGUAACUGGAGCCCCCAGCUGAGUUACUUUGAGUAUCGGAGGUUACUGCGUAACCUCACGGCCCUGCGGAUCCGAGCUACCUAUGGAGAAUACAGUACUGGGUACCUUGACAACGUGACCCUGAUUUCAGCUCGCCCCGUCUCCGGAGCCCCAGCACCCUGGGUUGAACAAUGCGUAUGUCCCGUUGGGUACAAAGGGCAGUUCUGCCAGGAUUGUGCUUCUGGCUACAAAAGAGAUUCUGCCAGACUGGGACCUUUUGGCACCUGUAUUCCAUGUAACUGCCAAGGGGGAGGAGCCUGCGAUCCAGACACAGGAGAUUGUUAUUCAGGGGAUGAAAAUCUUGACAUCGAAUGUGCCGACUGCCCUAUUGGUUUCUACAACGAUCCACACGACCCCCGCAGCUGCAAGCCGUGCCCCUGCCGCAACGGGUUCAGCUGCUCCGUGAUGCCCGAGACAGAGGAGGUGGUGUGCAAUAACUGCCCCCACGGGGUCACCGGUGCCCGCUGUGAGCUCUGUGCUGAUGGCUACUUUGGGGACCCAUUUGGGGAACAUGGCCCAGUGAGGCCUUGUCAGCCCUGUCAGUGCAACAACAACGUGGAUCCCAGUGCUUCCGGGAACUGCGACCGCCUGACAGGCAGGUGUCUGAAGUGCAUCUACAACACAGCUGGUGUCCACUGUGACCGGUGCAAAGCAGGCUACUUUGGGGACCCUUUGGCUACCAACCCAGUGGACAAGUGUCGAGCUUGCAACUGCAACCCAAUGGGCUCAGAGCCUGGGGAGUGCCGAAGUGAUGGCAGCUGUGUUUGCAAGCCAGGGUAUGGCGGCCUCACCUGUGAGCAUGCAGCAUUAACCAGCUGCCCAGCUUGCUAUAAUCAAGUGAAGAUUCAGAUGGACCAGUUUAGGCAGCAGCUCCAGAGCCUGGAGGCCCUGGUUUCAAGGGCUCAGAGUGGUGGUGGAGCAGUGCCCAGCACGGAGCUGGAAGGCAGGAUGCGGCAAGCUGAGCAGACCCUUCAGGACAUUCUGAGAGAAGCCCAGAUUUCAGAAGGUGCUAUUAGAUCUCUCAAUCUCCAGCUGGCCAAGGCAAGGAGUGAAGAGAAAAGCUACCUGAGCCGCCUGGAUGACCUCAAGAGGGCCGUGGAAAGAAUUCGGGCCCUGGGCAGUCAGUAUCAGAACCGAGUUCAAGAUACUCACAGGCUGGUCACGCAGACGCGCCUGAGCCUGGAGGAAAGCGAGGCCUCCCUGAGAAACACUAACAUUCCUCCCUCAGAGCACUACGUGGGGCCAAAUGGUUUUCAAAGCCUGGCUCAGGAGGCCACAAGAUUGGCAGACAGCCAUGCUGCGUCAGCCGGUAACAUGGAGCGGCUGGUGAGGGAAACCGAGGACUACUCCAAACAAGCGCUGUCGCUGGCACGCAAGGCUCAGCGGGAAGGAGGUGGAAGGGGCAGCCUGGAGGGCUCUGCGGUGCAAGGCCUUAUGGGAAAGUUGGAGAAAACCAAGUCCCUGGCCCAGCAGCUGUCUGGGGAGGCCACUCAAGCUGACAUUGAGGCAGACAGGUCUUAUCAGCAUAGCCUUCGCCUUCUCAAUUCCGUGUCUCAGCUUCAGGGAGUCAGUGAUCAGUCUUUUCAGGUGAGGGCAUCAAAAAGGAUCAGACAAAAAGCAGAUUCUCUCUCAGGCCUGGUGACUAGACGUAUGGAGGAGUUCAAGCACAUGCAAAGCAAUCUGGGAAACUGGGAAGAAGAAACCCAGCAGCUCUUACAGAACGGAAAGAAUGGGAGACAGAAAUCAGAUCAGCUGCUUUCCCGUGCCAACCUCGCUAAAAGCAGAGCCCAAGAAGCACUAAGUAUGGGCAAUUCCACUUUUUAUGAAGUUGAGAACAUCUUGAAGAAUCUCAGAGAGUUUGACUUGCAGGUUGAAGACAGAAAAGCAGAAGCCGAAGAGGCCAUGAAGAGACUCUCGUAUAUCAGCCAGAAGGUUGCAAGCGCUAGUGACAAGACUAAACAGGCAGAAGCAGCCCUGGGCGGUGCUGCUGCCGAUGCCCAGAGGGCAAAGACCGCAGCCAGGGAGGCCCUGGAGAUCACGGACAAGAUAGAACAGGAGAUAGGGAGUCUGAACUUGGAAGCCAACGUGACAGCAGAUGGAGCCUUGGCCAUGGAGAAGGGACUAGCCAUUCUGAAGAGCGAGAUGAGGGAAGUGGAAGGAGAGCUGGCAAGGAAGGAGCAAGAAUUUGACCUGGAUAUGGACACAGUACAGAUGGUAAUUACAGAAGCCCAAAGAGUUGAUAACAGAGCCAAGAAUGCUGGAGCUACGAUCCAAGACACCCUCAACACGUUGGACAGCAUCUUAGAUCUAAUGGACCAGCCUGGCAGUGUGGAUGAAGAGGGACUGAUCUUACUGGAGCAGAAACUCUUCCGAGCCAAGACUCAGAUCAACAGCCAGCUGCGGCCCUUGGUGUCAGAGCUGGAAGAUCGAGCACGUCGGCAGCAGCGCCACCUUCGUUUGCUGGAGACGAGCAUCGACGGGAUUCUGGCUGAUGUGAAGAACCUGGAGAACAUCAGGGACAACCUGCCGCCAGGCUGCUAUAAUACACAGGCUCUUGAGCAACAGUGA